AGUAGUAUCUACAGAGCAUGCGCGAGUUCUCACAUGGUGUAUUCAAGAUGGCGGACGAAAAGGAAGAAAUCACUUCAUUCACAGAUUUGGGCCUGGAUGACCGAAUUACACGGGCAAUUUCGAAAUUGAAUUGGUCRAAACCAACUCCAAUUCAGGAAAAGGCAAUCACACUUGCUUUAGAGGGGAAAGAUAUUCUUGCAAGAGCUAAGACUGGAUCUGGAAAAACAGCAGCAUAUGCUAUACCAAUGAUACAAAGAAUCCUACAGGAUAAACAGAGUAAUUUUGAGUCAGAAGUAAAAGCCCUGGUUCUUGUUCCUACAAAAGAAUUGGCUCAACAAGCURCAAGAAAYCUGAAGGACUUGUCAUGUUAUUGUUCCCGUGAAGUAAGAACUGCUGAUGUUGCCCAAGGAAACUUGGCUAAUACAAAACCCCUGUURAUGAGUUUACCUGAUAUUGUUGUUGGUACACCUAGUGGWAUUCUGGGACACAUACAAUCAAAGGUCAGACAUUUAACAUGAUUUUGUUUUUUUGUCUUAUCAGUCAUUUUCUUUAUAUUUGUUUAUAAGCAAUUGAAUCGUUUAAAGUGCUUAGAAAAUCAUUUACCAAAGAUAUAUCAAGCAUUUCUGAUGUCAGCGACUUUGACUGAUGAUGUGAAGUCCUUAAAAAAGAUGGUUCUUCAUAACSCUGUUACUUUAAAAUUAAAUGAAUCUCAAUUACCAGAAAAUGACAGACUUACACAAUACCUUAUAAAAUGUGAACCAGAUGAUAAGUUCCUGUUAAUUUAUACUCUUCUCAAGUUAAAUUUAGUUCAAGGAAAGACUUUGUUAUUUGUAAAUGGUAUAGACAGAUGUUACAGAUUAAAGCURUUUCUUGAGCAGUUCUCAAUCAAGGCUUGUGUACUGAAUUCAGAACUUCCUCAUAAUUCAAGGCUUCAUAUUGUGGAUGAAUUCAAUCGUGAUAUUUAUGACUACAUUAUAGCAUCAGAUGAAACAUCAUUUGUCACCUCGCCGUGAAAUGUAAAAUUAAGGUACUUUAUUUAUUAUUUGUACAGAAAUAAAAAAGAUAAAGAGUAUGGUGUUUCAAGAGGGAUUGAUUUCCAAGGUGUUGAAAAUGUCAUCAACUUUGAUUUCCCAACAACCGUAGAAGCUUACAUUCAUAGAGUGGGAAGAACAGCACGCGGGGACAAUUCUGGAACUGCGCUGUCUUUUACAACUUACAAUGAUAAUACUAUYCUGAAGAAAGCUGAAGAACAACUGGCUAAGGAAAUGGGACAAGAAGCAGAGGUCUUCAAACCUUACCAGUUUAAAAUGGAUGAAAUUGAAGGAUUUCGUUAUCGUGCACAGGAUGCUUUACGAGCUGUAACGAAAACGGCAGUGAAAGAAGCAAGAUUAAAAGAAAUCAAAAGAGAGAUACUCAACUCUGAGAAACUUAAGGCAUAUUUUGAGGACAAUCCAAGAGAUCUUCAGGUUUUACGACAUGACAAAGAACUUCACCCAGCAAGAGUUCAAGCACACAUGAAAAACGUCCCUGAUUACUUAGUUCCUGCUACAUUAAAACCAAAUAUGUCAACAAGAAARAGAAAACAGAAAAAUUUUCAUUUUAAAAGUGGAUUGCGAAGUAAUAAUAAGAARAAGAAACUCGAUCCUCUCAAGACCUUUAGAUACAAUAAAGAAAAACAAGAAAAAAAGGGACACAGAAAGAAAACAAAGGCCAAGAAAUAGSAUAAGAAUGGUGAUAGUUUGACAACCAUUCUAUUGUAUAUGUAUAAGAAAAAUUGAAAAAAUAAAAUGACAUAUUUGACUGAUAAGCGACGACAAUGAAAAAAAGAAGGCAGAAAUUUAAACUCCUUUGGAACGCCGAAUAAAAAGUCGAGAGGAACACAUCUAGAGUGCUUACAUUAUGUCCAUGAAAUAAAAUCUAAAUAGAGUGAUUUUCAUUGGAUUGUGAAAUAUAGUUCGUACGCUAAUAGACGCUAGUAGACUCUACACCCACUGAAUGAUAGUGGACUCGGCCUCAUGGGCUAUUAGCUCGUAGUCCACUCGACCUCGAGGUCUAAUUGUUAAAUAGUCACAAAGUAAAAACUAUUUAUUAGAAACUAUUGAGAUUUUAUUUCAUGGUCAUAAUAUAAGCACUUAAAUGUGUCUUCCUCCCGUAAUCUAGAGAUGUUUUUGUUUUAAAGGAAAACAAAAAAUAAAAUAA